GGCGUCGCUGAGGGUGGCUGGGGGCGAGAGCGAGGCUGCGGAGCAGGCGAGAGGAGACGGCAGGAGCUAGAGAGGCGUAACGCUAGGGUGGCUGUGCAAGGGGAACGGUGGCCUGGGCCCAGGUUCGGGGCGUGCGAGACGGCAGAGGCGGAGCAGGGCCUUGCUGCUGCCAUGACUGAGGAGUCAGAAGAGACAGUCCUAUACAUUGAGCACCGUUAUGUCUGCUCUGAGUGCAACCAGCUCUAUGGAUCCCUGGAAGAGGUGCUUAUGCACCAGAACUCUCAUGUGCCCCAGCAGCACUUUGAGCUGGUGGGUGUGGCUGACCCUGGAGUCACUGUGGCCACAGAGGCAGCAUCGGGCACAGGCCUCUAUCAAACCCUAGUACAAGAGAGCCAGUACCAGUGCCUGGAGUGUGGUCAGCUGCUGAUGUCACCCAGCCAGCUCUUGGAGCACCAGGAACUGCACCUGAAGAUAAUGGUACCCCAGGAAGCAGUCCCAGCUGAGCCACCACCCAAGGCACCCCCUCUGAGCUCCAGCACCAUCCACUAUGAGUGUGUGGAUUGCAAGGCUCUCUUCGCCAGCCAGGAGCUCUGGCUGAACCACCGGCAGACACAUCUCCGGGCCACGCCCACCAAGGCUUCUGGCCCAGUUGUCCUGGGGUCCCCAGUUGUCCUAGGGCCCCCCAUGGGACAGACCCGUGUGGCUGUGGAGCACUCAUACCGAAAGGCAGAAGAGGGUGGGGAAGGGGCAGCUGUCCCAUCUGCAGCUGCCACCACCACUGAGGUGGUGACUGAGGUGGAGCUGCUUCUCUACAAGUGCUCUGAGUGCUCCCAGCUCUUUCAGCUACCAGCUGACUUUCUGGAGCACCAGGCAACUCAUUUCCCUGCUCCUACCCCAGAGUCUGAGGAGCCUGCCUUACAGCAAGAAAUGCUAACCUCAUCACCUGCAGAGGUGCCUGUGUCACAACCUGACCCCUUGCCAUCUUCUGACCAUAGUUACGAACUGCGCAACGGUGAAGCCAUUGGGCGUGAUCGUCGGGGACGCAAGGCCCGGAGGAACAAUAGUGGAGAGCCAGGUGGGGCAGCUACGCAGGAGCUUUUUUGUUCAGCCUGUGACCAGCUCUUUCUGUCACCCCACCAACUCCAGCAGCACCUACGGAGUCACCGGGAGGGCGUCUUUAAAUGCCCCCUGUGCAGUCGUGUCUUCCCUAGCCCUUCCAGUCUGGACCAGCACCUUGGAGACCACAGCAGUGAAUCGCAUUUCCUGUGUGUAGACUGUGGCCUAGCCUUUGGCACAGAAGCUCUCCUCUUGGCCCACCGGCGAGCCCACACCCCAAAUCCUCUGCAUUCAUGUCCCUGUGGAAAGACCUUUGUUAAUCUCACUAAGUUCCUUUAUCACCGGCGUACCCAUGGGGUAGGGGGUGUCCCUCUGCCCACAACACCAGUCCCACCAGAAGAGCCUGUCAUCAGUUUCCCUGAGCCAGCCCCAGCAGAGACUGGAGAGCAAGAGGCCCCUCAGCCCCCUGUGUCCGAGGAGAGCUCAGCAGGGCCUACUGCCCCAGGCACCUACCGCUGCCUCCUUUGCAGCCGUGAAUUUGGCAAGGCAUUGCAGCUAACCCGGCAUCAGCGUUUUGUGCACCGGCUGGAGCGGCGCCAUAAGUGCAGCAUUUGUGGCAAAAUGUUCAAGAAGAAGUCUCAUGUACGUAACCACCUGCGCACACACACUGGGGAACGCCCUUUUCCCUGCCCUGACUGCUCCAAGCCCUUCAACUCACCUGCCAACCUGGCCCGCCACCGGCUUACACAUACAGGGGAGCGGCCCUACCGGUGUGGGGAUUGUGGCAAGGCCUUUACACAGAGCUCAACACUGAGGCAGCACCGCCUUGUGCAUGCCCAACACUUCCCCUACCGCUGCCAGGAAUGUGGGGUGCGUUUUCACCGCCCUUACCGCCUGCUCAUGCACCGCUACCACCACACAGGCGAGUACCCCUACAAGUGUCGUGAGUGCCCUCGUUCCUUCUUGCUGCGCCGGCUGCUGGAAGUGCACCAGCUUGUGGUUCAUGCAGGGCGCCAGCCCCACCGCUGUCCAUCAUGUGGGGCUGCCUUUCCCUCCUCGCUGCGGCUGUGUGAGCACCGUUGUGCCGCUGCAGCUGCCCAGGCCCCACGGCGCUUUGAGUGUGGUACCUGUGGCAAAAAAGUGGGCUCUGCUGCUCGGCUGCAGGCACAUGAGGCAGCUCAUGCAGCGGCUGGGCCUGGAGAGGUCCUGGCUAAGGAGCCCCCUGCCCCUCGGGCCCCUCGGGCCACUCGCACACCAGUCACGUCCCCAGCAGCCCUUGGAGGCGUGGCCACAGCAGCCCCUGCCCGGCGCCGGGGCCUGGAGUGCAGUGAGUGCAAGAAGCUGUUCAGCACAGAGACAUCGUUGCAGGUGCACCGGCGCAUCCACACUGGUGAGCGGCCAUACCCAUGUCCAGACUGUGGUAAAGCUUUCCGUCAGAGUACCCACUUGAAAGACCACCGGCGCCUGCACACGGGUGAGCGGCCCUUUGCCUGUGAAGUGUGUGGCAAAGCCUUUGCCAUCUCCAUGCGCCUGGCAGAACAUCGCCGCAUCCACACAGGUGAGCGGCCGUACUCCUGUCCCGACUGCGGCAAGAGCUACCGUUCCUUCUCCAACCUCUGGAAGCACCGCAAGACCCACCAGCAGCAGCAUCAGGCAGCUGUGCGGCAGCAGCUGGCAGAGGCGGAGGCUGCUGUUGGCCUUGCUGUGAUGGAGACUGCAGUGGAGGCGCUACCCCUGGUGGAGGCCAUCGAGAUCUACCCUCUGGCUGACACUGAGGGGGUCCAGAUCAGUGGCUGACCCUGCCCUGUUUCCUUCCUCAGCACCACCAUGCUCUGUUGCUGAAGGCCUUCCAGAAUCCCCUUAAACUCUGUAUGGACUGUGCUCUUUCUCUGCUUGUCCCCAUCACCGUGUAAGUUCUGUAAUAGGAUCUAUUGUCCCUUCUGGGGAGGGGUAGUCUGGGGUCUUUGAUGUGCAUAAAGGUAUUCCCCUAUCUUCCACCUUUUAGCACUGGUGACCCCAAAAUGAAACUGAAUAAAGACUGAAUUG